UCAACAACCUGGGUGGCCAUUAUUUCAGCAUUCAGGGCAGGUUCAUUUUCACAACGUUGUCCGGGGAGGUUGGUGCCGUUCCUCUGUGACUCCGGUACAACCUCUGGAGCAGUUAAAGCGAGAGGCCUUUGGUCUCUUCUUGGAGCAAACACUUAACUUUCUUGAAGCCCCCUGAAUCCAGACAGCCGAUAACGAUGGGGAACGCCAAGAGCGGCGCCAUGUCCAAGGAGAUCCUGGAGGACCUGAAGCUCAACACCAAGUUCUCGGAGAACGAGCUCUCGCAGUGGUACGAGAACUUCCAGAAGCAGUGCCCAACGGGCCGCAUCGCACCGGAAGAGUUCGAGAAGAUCUACGACCGCUUCUUCCCUGACAGCGACGCCAAGACCUACGCCAAGCACGUCUUCCGCUCGUUCGACACCAACGAUGAUGGCACGCUGGACUUCAAAGAGUACAUCAUCGCCCUGCACAUGACAUCCGGCGGGAAGACACAGACCAAGCUGGAGUGGGCCUUCUCUCUCUUCGACGUCGACAAGAACGGCUACAUCACCAAGGCAGAAGUGUCAGAAAUCACCAACGCCAUCUUUAAGAUGAUUCCAAAGGAUGAACUAGACAGGCUUCCAGAAGAUGAGAACACUCCAGAGAAAAGAGUGAACAAGCUGUGGUCUUACUUCAACAAGACGGAGAACGAGCGGUUGCAUGAGGGCGAGUUCAUUCAGGGUGUGAUGGACAACGAUAGCGCCCUCCGCCUAAUUCAGUAUGUGCCCACCAAAUAGAAAGAAGCCGGACCACCCUCUGCCUCCCCCGCUCCUCCUCGCUGUCCUCAUCACUCAGUCACUCUGAGGUUUAUUGCAUUGUAGCGCUGGCCUCCGGUCAUUUUGUAAAUAAUGUUCUAAACCAUCAUCUUCAUGUUGUGGAUUCAGUUAUGCAAAAGCCCAAUCGCACUAGAGCAUCACGACCGAUGAAACGUCUAAAUGAAAUGUACGCAACUCAGCAGGAUAUAUUUUUUUAUUUUAUGGUGUUUACAACACAAAUGAUCCCAGUGACCAAAACUCAACCGUUACUGUAAAUUAACUAUAACGGCAGCCCAUAUUUUUGUGGUUUCUGUAAAACGUACAGUAGAGUGCGUUGCACUAGCUUUGUUCAUCACGUGAUUCUGGAGGUCACAUAGAAGCCUUUAGACUUCUGUUUUGUAAUUAUCUCGUUGCUUCUGGUGGGAAAAAAAGGAUACAUCAGCUGUGGAAUAAAAUUUUCAGAGAAACUGUG